AUGCUCCCUCAGCGACAGCUCUUCCGUGGGGCGCCGCGCCUCGCCGCCCAGCUGCGCGCCGCCAACGCCCCCGUCUUCCGCUCUGCCCUGCAGCGCCGUCUCGCAUCGACUGAGAACGCCUUCGUCAGGGAGCGCCGUGCCGUCAAGGAGCACGCCGCCGGAACUACCGAGCUCUGGCGCAAGAUCUCCAUCUACGCCGUCGUCCCCGCCAUCCUUCUCGCCGGCGUCAACGCCUGGAACUUGUGGAACGAGCACUGGGACCACUGGAAUCACAUGCCUCCACUAGAGGAGCGCGUCGAGUACCCCUACCAGAACAUCCGCACCAAGAACUACCCCUGGGGUGACGGCGAUAAGACCCUGUUCUGGAACAACAAGGUCAACUACCACAACAAGGACAAGGCUACAUAA